GGCUGGGCCAUAAAAGGGGAGGCGAAGCAGGGUCCAGGGAGCCGGCGUUCCCUCUCCAGGCCUCUCCUGCACACGCUCACACCUUGGGCUCACCCGAGUGCUGUGGGGCGGGAGGCGUUGCUGGAGUCCCACCCUGCACCUGCACAGAGCACCCAGAGGCCUCCACACCCUGAGGAGAUGGACCGAGUGACCAGAUACCCCAUCCUGGCCACGCCCAGCGUCACCGGCCUGGUGCUCGAUGGGGACACCCGCUACACAUUCCGGCUGGUGGGCGUGGGACCCGAGGCCGGCAGCUGGGGCCAGAAUGAGCCGCAGGCAUGGCCCGCAGCCGGGGAGGCCCGGCAGGAUGCGGCGAGGGCAGGGGUGUCCUGGGGCGUGCAGAGCUACGGCAUUAAGCCAAAGGAUGAGGAGGACUUGGAGAUGCAGGGGUACCACCGGGGCACCAGGGACACCCUCUCCGGGAGGCCGUGGAACCUGGAGCGGGAGCGCUGGGCCGUCAUCCAGGGCCAGGCGGUCAGGAAGAGUGGCACAGUGGCCACGCUCCAGGGCACCCCUGACCAGGGAGACCCCCGGCCCCCUGGCCCACUGUGGCCCCCACACCCAGAGGAGGAUGCAGUCGACAGGGAGCAGAUCGACUUCCUGGCCGCAAGGCAGCAGUUCCUGAGCCUGGAGCAGGCCAACAAGGAGGGCCCCCAAAAGCCCCCAGCCAGAGGGCCCCCCACACGUGCCCGGCCGGGCACCGGCCAGACCCCCAAGGCCUCCAAUGGGCCCCACCUGGCCAAUGGGUCUGUGGUCCCCCUCAAGCCACAGGUGAAGGCGGCGGUCGGGGCAGAGAAGCAUCCCCAAGGUUCGCCUGCAUGGCCCAGUGUCCAGGUCGGGGGCGACCAAGCGGACUCCCCAGAGCCCCCCAAGGAGACGCCCAUCGAGCGGGAGAUCCGCCUGGCCCAGGAGCGCGAGGCGGACCUGCGAGAGCAGAGGGGGCUUCAGCGAGCUGCCGGGCACCAGGAGCUGGUGGAGAUCCGCGCCCACCCACUGCUGACCAGGGUGAGCCUGACCGCAGCACCUCGGCGGGACAGGGGUCACCCAUCUCUCUAUGUGCAGCGUGACAUGGUGCAAGGCACGCAGCGCGAGGAGGACCAUCGGCGGGAGGGCCUGCAGGUGGGCCGGCUGUCCACAUCCGACUGGGUCCCUGAGGAUCCCCAGCCUGGGCUCCAGAGAGCCCUCAGCUCGGACGCCAUCCUUGGCCCCAUCCCAGACGCCCGAGCAGCCGACCCUGCCCCAGAGGUGAGGAAGGUGAACCGCAUCCCGCCCGAUGCCUACCAGCCAUACCUGAACCCCGGGAGCCCCCGGCUGGAGCUCUCAGCCCUCGGAAGUGCAUACAGCAAGCCAAGGGACCUCUCCGCGGAGGAGGCCAAGGCUGUGGCCUCUCCGAAGGCCGUGGGGUCCUGGAGGCAUCUCUCAGAAUCCUCUGGAAAGCCCUUGAGCACACAGCAAGAGUGCCCGAAGCCCUCCUGGGGACCCCCACCAGCCGAUGGGGGUGUCGUGCGGUGGCAGUACUUCCACCUGCGCCCCCUGCAGUUCAGGGCCCCAGAUGUGCCCCAGCAGGCUGAGGCCCCCCACAGCUGGGACUGGGAGGGGCCCAGGGGCCAGGCGUGGAAGUUGCAGAGGUCCCAGUCGUCAGAUCUGCUGGAGAGGGAGGUGGAGAGCGUGCUGCGCCGGGAGCAGGAGGUGGCGGAGGAGAGGAGGAACGCUCUCUUCCCUGAGGUCUUCUCCCCGAAGCCCAGGGAAGGCUGUGACCGAUACUCCAGGAGCUCCUCCCAGGCAUCCGGCAUCACGGGCAGCUACUCGGUGUCCGAAUCACCCUUCUUCAGCCCCGUCCACUUGCACUCGGGUGUGGCGUGGACGUCAGAAGAUGAGGUGGACGACACUCCCGUGCGGAGAACUAAGAAGGAGCACUGGUACGCCGGCAUCAACCCCUUAGAUGGCAUCAACUCGGAGAUCCUGGAAGCCACGCGGGUGACCCGCCACAAGAACGCCAUGGCGGAACGCUGGGAAUCCCGCAUCUACGCCAGUGAGGACGAGGACUGAGCCCGGGGACGGGGAGCCCACCCUCCUGCCCUGACCCCCGUAGGAACCGCCAACCCCAUCCCCCAACCCCCCGCCCCACUGUAGCAGAUAGACCCUGUUUAAAUCCACAAUCUGAGAACCACAAAUCUCAUGCCAACAAUCCCGUGGCGGAUGCGUUUGGGGCCGGAGGGUUUUCUUUUCCAUUUUUUAUUUUCCUGGAGAAAUGUUCUACUUUGGGGGUCUACAGCUAGGGAUGAAAUGGGACUCCUGCCAAUUCUUUCUGCUUGUGAGACUGCCAAACACUUUGGGGUCCGGGAAAUAAGGAGAUGCCAACGUCAGAUGUGGUUUGUUUCUGCCCAUCGGAGGGUGGAGCAACCGGCUGGAAGAGAGAUAGCCGUACUGGCACCCGAGCUGCUGCAGGUCUGAGGAAUCUGGAUCCAAGAGGGGAGACUUCGGGAAAUUCAGCACCUGAGGAAGGAGACCUGAGCCUCCAGGACUGGGGGCCUCUGUGCAGCCCUCGAACUUCUCCUUGAUGUCCCCAGCAACACCUGGGGGCAUAAGCUCUGACAUCAGUGGGGUCCGGGAGCAGGGUCCUCCUUUGCCUGGCAGAUAAAAGGCUCCAUGUGGGGGCUGAAGGGGAUCUUUCUGCCCCACCACAAACUGUCUGUGUCCGCCGUGAAAUAGACCUGGAGUGAGCUGCCUGCUGCGAUGAAGCACCGGAGCCUCCCUGUCUGCAUU